AUGGGUGUGCAACUUCUGCCCGUUGCCUGCCAGGGCGCUAUCCCAAGCGAAGGCACAGAACAGCCAGGAAGCAAGGAGAUGAGACAUCUAGAUGACGAUGGGUUGCCACAUGGAUUCUGUACGGUCACCUAUUCGUCCACGGAUAGGUUUGAGGGAAACUUUGUGCAUGGAGAAAAGAAUGGCCGUGGCAAGUUCUUCUUCUUUGACGGAAGCACCCUGGAAGGGUACUACGUUGACGAUGCCCUGCAGGGCCAGGGAAUCUACACGUACGAGGAUGGAGUGGUGCUUCACGGCACGUAUGUGGAUGGAGAGCUGAACGGCCCAGCCCAGGAGUACGACAGCGAUGGACGACUGAUAUUCAAAGGGCAGUAUAAGGACAACAUCCGACAUGGAGUUUGUUGGAUAUAUUACCCGGACGGAGGCAGCCUUGUAGGAGAAGUGAAUGAAGAAGGAGAGAUGACUGGAGAGAAGAUAGCCUACGUGUACCCUGAUGGAAGGACUGCAUAUUCCGGAAAGUUCAUAGAUGGAGAAAUGAUAGAAGCAAAACUGGCAACUCUGACAUCCUUAGAGGAUGGGAAACCUCAGUUUGAAGUAGUACCAGGCAGCCCGGUGUACAGUUUUGACAAAUCAACUUCAUCCUGCAUUUCUACAAAUGCUCUUCUUCCCGAUCCUUAUGAGUCAGAGAGGGUGUACGUUGACGUCUCUCUCAUUUCCUGUGCUGGAGAAGGAUUGUUUUCAAAAAUUGCGGCGGAAGCUCGUACCGUUAUGUCCUUCUACAAUGGAGUGAGAAUUACACACCAGGAGGUAGACAGCAGAGACUGGGCCCUCAAUGGGAAUACAAUAUCCCUGGACGAUGAAACAGUCAUAGAUGUGCCGGAGCCCUACAACCACGCCGCCAAGUACUGUGCCUCGCUGGGGCAUAAGGCCAACCAUUCUUUCACUCCGAAUUGCAUCUAUGACCCGUUUGUUCACCCUCGGUUCGGGCCCAUCAAGUGUAUCCGUACCAUCAGGGCUGUGGAGAAGGACGAAGAAUUGACAGUGGCCUACGGAUACGAUCACAACCCUGUGGGCCAGAACGGGCCGGAAGCACCCGAGUGGUACCAGCUGGAACUGAAAGCUUUCCAGGCUGCCCAGCAGAAGUGAAGCGGAGACUCCUCAGUUCAGCAAACUCAAAAAGCAACUUGGAUCUAUGCACUACCUUUGUACUGAAAACUGGACAACCAGGGAUUGUUCAUGCCGUUGCAUCAUAACUUUGCAUUCUGUGUUAAGAGAUAAGUUUCUUGCAUACUAACUAGGUUUGACUGUGUUACUCAUAGCAGAUUUAAAAUUAGCUAGCGUCGCACCAGUCUUAUCUGGAGAAAUUAUUUAAUAUUCUAUACGAGACGUGAUAUUCUUUGGUAGCUUCUGCUUUUGCACCAUAUGCAAAGAUGCCAAAAGACUAGACAGAAAACUAAAAUGGGUAUAUCGUUCACUUUUAGUCGGCAGACUUAGUGUUGCUCUCUAUCUGCCUAGGCAUUAUUGUGCAACUGCAUUUUGCAUAUAUGCCAUUUGUGAUGAUAACAGUAAUAUUUUGAUAUUCUCUAAUAGUAGCAUAAUUUUGCCUUUUUAAACCUUUGAUCUGAAUCUUGCAAUAGAGCAGUUUAUUAGCAUCUAGGAGGCUGGGUUUUAACUCCCCUUUCCUCUUGUCUGAACGUUGUUCUUUCUACGAAUCCUCUUUUGCAGGAGAAAAUCCUUUCUAACUAGUGGAAAGGCUUGUACGUGUACGUGAGAGUGCUAUGUGUCAGUCUCUGUGGCUCUCUAAGUAGUAUAGCGACGUGUCCAAGCCUAAUAUUUAUCUGGCCUCUGUGGCUGGCUUAUUUUAUUUAAUUUAUGAUCAUGACGCGCGAAUGAAGCUGUUCUUUGCACGAAGAUUAUCCGGAAGGAAAAACAGACUGGCUUUCUGAAGGACUUUGAGAAGUACGCCUUCUGGAAGGCAGGUACAUUAAUGGUGUUAGCGUCCAUGAGUCGGUUUGCGUAUUUCACCCGUUAGGGUGGCCAGUUCUCAAGGCAGAAAUGGGUUCUUUCGAAGGAAACGCGCGUAUCUGAGGGCAGGCUGCAGAACUCGGUCGAGGAGAGCUGUAUCAGUUGCGUGUGCAGUUGGCAAAGAAUAUAGCUGUCGUUCAGUAGCACUCAGAUAGCGAGUGAAUACGACCGGAGAUGCCAAACUGAGAUUUCUGUGAAAGCUGAGAAGAUUGAAAGGCAAACAACUGAAUGUAAAAACAUCUCUCGCUGUUCGUAUGUAGAAGCAGCAGUCAAUCCGUAGCUUUGUUACAGCCGGCGGCAAGGGUUUGUGAAUAUUUGUCUGUGUUCUGGGGUUUUUCGGGGAUAGGGGAGUUGUUCAUUUUGUUUGGAUGCUAUACCGGUCUUGCCUCAUGCAAGAGAGAAAUAGCAAUCACUUCAGUCUGGAUGCUGGAGCCCAUCUGGGACUGUGAUGUUCUCUUCUGGGUUUAGCAGCGACAAGUGAAAUGCGUUUGCAGCGCUUUCUCUAAGUGUUUGCAGUUUAAAAUGUUUGUAUAUAUGUAACAUAGAUGGCUUGGAAAUCAGACCCACCUUUCUAUUGCAGCGUUUGGUUGCUUGAAUGGUUGCAAGUGUCUGGCUGCCUCAGGAGCCAGGCGUUGGGCUGUCGGCAGAGGUGGAAGGAGGUUGCCAUGAGUGCUUUUGGAGACUCCUGACUUGUGGUAGGAAUUGUGCCCGCAGACCUCAAACCUGGAGCUCUGCUUAAUUCCUGCAACUGGCCACAAAGCUUUUUCAGCGCUUCUCUGUUGAAGCUUACACAAAAGCUACAGUCUGUGUGCUGGGGAGGGGUGCAGGCACUCCGCGGGCUUUUUGAUGCUUUUCCAGCAGCGAGUGGAGCGUGAGCUCCAACGCAGCCGGAGACUCGUGCCACAGCUCCGCUGCUGGUCGGUCCGAGGCAGCGGAGGCGAUGCCUCCAGGGCUCGGCUGAGCGUGCGGAGAGACAGAAUUGAGCCUCACAGGUGAGGGAGAAUUGUCAAAGGGCGGUUGGUGGCACAGCUUCAGCAAAUCGACCUCAGUGAGAAAUCUGUGUUUUUACUGUUGUUUUAAUUUCUUUUUCCCCGCCUCCCACAAGUUGUUGUUUAGGAUCGCGGCUGUUUCAGCUUAGCGCUGCGUUGAAGUGCGAGGAAGAGGAGAGGGACGUCGUGUGUGGCUGUAUGCGGCUGUGAGCAGAGGGCAACUCCUUCCACAGUAACCCGCUUUUCUUUUCAAUACUCUCCUCUGAAUUGCUCUCCUCUUAAUGCCAGCUAGGGAACUGUGCUUAAAACGUUGCGAUCUCUCGAGCUCCUUUGGCUUCUUUGCUGAUCGGUCUGACUCCUCUGCUGUCACCUCUUCACACAGUCCUGAUUGUUUUGAUAGAUUGGUCUGUCUUCCUAUUGUGUGACUAUAGAGAGAGGCAGAAGAGAGGGGUGCUCUUGGCACGUCGGGUUUGGAGGUAGCAUCAGUGGAUGCGUCGUGAAAUAGGGAAGUCCCAGGAAAAAAAAGUCUCUGUAUGUUCUCAAAAGCCACUGCUUUGGUGACCGCCAAGCAAACGCUCUUGCUCUUGCGUAUGCUUUCAGCCAGCUAGCAUGCUGCAGCUUUUGUCUGUGUCAGCUCCGCUGUCGUGCUCCUCUCCACUCUUGGUCCUCUUAUAGAUCCCUUCAUCAGCGUCAGACCUUGGAUAAAAGUUGUGGUUAUAAAGCCGCUUUGGCUCGAUUCAGGACCAAGCCCUUGGGUUCUCUGUGUUCUCUCUUUCUUUGCGGUCUGUUACAGUAGAGGUGGACGGGAUGGUUUGUACCACGGGGCGGCAAAAGGGCUCACGGCUGAGUGGGUCCCUCGGGGCUUUUCGGGAGGAGUGUCGUGGCAACCUCAGGUUGAAACACAGGUUAACUACACAACUCCGAGUGAUGCCUUAACUUGGUCAAUGUGCUUUGCAGCUCAGCUUCUGGGGCUCAUUGGAUAGCGAGACCAGCUUAGCAAAACUGCUUACCGAUAGUAUUGUGAGACCCACCACGGAGCUUGAUCUCAACUUGAAGCGGACUAAAUAGUUAUUUUGCAAAGCGAUUUGUUUCAGUUAUCGAGUAUCACUGACUAUCUGUGAAAACACAGUAAGAAAAGAAACUCUACUUCUUGGAGUCUGGCCCGGGUCCUGUUCGGUCGGAGCAGAAGCUGGAAGAAGAGCUCAUAGCUGUCAGCUGAUGCUGGAUGACCGGGAGGAUCACGGUGUACUCUUUAUGACUAGAGGAUAGCUUAAGAGAUUUUAUUACUGCUGCUUUUUUCAGGUACAGGUCAGUUCCCAACUUCUACCCUUAGUCUGCACACCUGCAGGUGGCUUCUGUACAAUUUGAGGGUUGUUACCCAAGUUCCUUU